UCGAAGCGAGCAAAGCGCCCACGCGCCCCGGAACCGGUUAACUUUGAACCGGAGCCGCAACAGGAUCUGGAGAACGAUGAGAGCAGCAGCCAGGAAAAGGAUCUCCCAGAUACCCGAAAACUUUCUCAGUCCCUCGGUGCGAGAGUAUCUUGAGCUAGGAAAAUCUAUUCCUGGUCGCCCAGGCGUAGACUAUCCCAUUCUCUCGGCUGUACCAUAUACCAAUUUCUACUGCGAUGAGCAAGAGUAUCCCGGAUUCUUUGCCGACAUGGAGACCCGGUGUCAGGGUUGGCACUAUUGCGACAUCGAUGGACGCCAGGCCUCCUUCCUCUGCCCAAAUGGCACCCAAUUCUCACAGGCGGUCUUCGUCUGCGACUGGUGGUUCAAUGUGCGCUGCGAUCUCUCACCCCGGCUGUAUGCCAUCAACGCCCGGCUCUAUCAGCGCCCCAAGGUGAAUCCCACCCGGCCUCAUCGCAUCAUCACCAAGCAACUGGUCGAGGACAUCUUCACCUGAACCUGAACCAUGAGAGAUCUGUAUCUGAUGUAUCAUGUAGCCUAAGUUUGCCGAUGCCUAUUAGUUUGUAGCUUAGUUCUUAUUAGAGAUUGGAUUGUUCUCACCAAGCUGAUAAUUAAAGCAGCAAAAAAAGACACCAUUGCAAGGAAUAGUUAAAUGAAGCAAAUUAUAAAAAUCGGUUAAUUUAAAAAUGUAAUAUAUAUAAGGUAUUAUAGGUUCUAUUAGCUCCUGUGCAGGCCUAAUUGUUUAAAGACUUCAAUCUCAUUUUCCAAGAUUUCCAAGGUAGAAUUUGUAUUCAACAGAAAGUAUGGGUUAUAUUAAAUUCUAAAAAAUAAAAUGAAGGUAAUAAUUUUAAUAUAAUAGUUAUACCUACA